ACUGUCUAGAUAUGAAUCCAGUCACGCGACUUCAGGCUCAGGUUCUAUCGUCAAUAGCAAGUCUAUACCGGUCUCCGCCACGUCAGAUUCCCUCUUGUCUACUCAAACCCACUCCAUCUACACCAGUGAACCUGUAUUAUGAAUACAGUCUCGAAAUCAUCAGGGAUUUCUAUCUCUGUUCCUGAAGUCACACCUGGGCCAUCAAAUUCUGCGCUCCGAUCCAGCAAGGCCGAGGAAAGUAAUGCAACCCCUGCAUCAUCAAUAACGUCAAUGAUUUCGAGCGGAGCUCUCACCUCUUCUUUACAGUCCGAAAUAACGCCUUCUCUAUUAGGUUUACUAGCUUCUGAAACUACGGCUUCAACUUUUGUCUCAGGGCCUCUCCCCCAGGGCAUUCCAACCAAAUUCAUUAUAUCCUCAAUAGAACCAGAAAUUACUCCUCUCUCCGAACCUAAUUCUCAAGCUGUUUCUAUAGGAUCUCUGACACAUUCCGUAGAGCCUGAAAUUACUCCUUCUCCUUCCGAUUUGCAGGAUUCUGAAACUACCCCUUCGGCUCCAGCGGAAACUUCCGAUCCAUCAGAGACGACGGACCCUUCCGAAAGGACGGAGACACCAGAAAUAUCUCCACCAGACAAAACUGAAAGCAGGCAAACGGACACUGCACUUGCUUCUCCAACCUCUACUCUUCCAGCAACCUCAUCUACAUCAUCAACAAUCUGUUCAGCCUCCACAGAGGGAAACUGCUCUACAUGUUAGCAAUACACCGGUUCUGGUGACCUCUCUUCCUCCCUUCCCAACAAUACCGAUGUACAAUCUCGCAGCUUACCGCCAUCGAUCGCCGGUCGAAUAUCAACCACUAAUCAACACGCGAAGCUACUCAAGCGAGCCAUAGAAUCUUUCACUUCGUUCGACUCUGCCAAUGCAUGCGUUUUCGGCCCA